GAGACUUUUGGUUACCUUUUGGUAAACUCCAAGCCUGCCCCUUCCAUCCAAAUGAACUCUUCACACGCUCACAUAGUUUUUCUUGUUUGCAUAUGCAUAACCGCCUUCAGAUGCCCCAAAUCUAUUGAAAAUUCACCCUCUUGUCCCUUGAACCUAUUACCAUCAACAUUCCUUACUAAGAAAGUGAGAAAAUCAAUUGAUGACUGGCUCAUACGCUGGCCUUCCAUAUGUGCAAUUCUGCUUGAGAUGGACUAUCUAGCUCACUCCCAAAUCCCUGAACCCUCUGACCAUCAUCUUCUUUCAAUACAACAACGAUUUUCUGAUAAUUAAUUAUCAUCACUUAUACAUACACUUCAACAUUUUCCCUUUUAUCCCAAAAGGGUUUUUCUUUCCUUUUUUUUCCAUAGCGAUC